GAAGCUGGAGCCCUGGCCCAGCAGUACCUGGACAGAGGGCUGCUGGUGCCUGACCACGUCAUCACCCGCGUGAUGAUGGCCGAGCUGGAGAAGCGGCGGGAGCAGCACUGGCUGCUCGAUGGUGAGCAGGGGCAUCCUUCACUCCUUCUCUGGCACAGAGACCAACAAGAUCUGGCCCUACGUGUACAGCCUGCUGUCCAGCAGGAUCCCACCCAUCCUCUCAGAGGAGGAGCACUAGCCAGCCCGUGCCAAGCACCAGGAUCUCAUUCCAUCCUGGAUGUGGUUCCCAGUGCAGUGCCAGGGCUGUGCUGGGCUUGGGUGCUCAUGGCUGGGUGACAUUGGUGGGUACCAGCUACAGCCAGGAUCAGAUCUUUGUUUGGAAGGUCAAGUCUGCUGGAAUAAGGGGGUUUUUUCCCACUUUUGGGGCUAUGGAUCUUUCCUGCCCGUGGUCCAUCCUGGAUUGGUGGUGCUGACAGGGGCAUUGGUCAUUCCAGGUUUGCACAGCUUUGCCAUGGUGUCCUUGCCAUCCCUUUCCAGCCCCAAUCCCUGGCUGAGCCCACACGUGCCAUCCUGCUGUUCCACAGGACCAUUUACUGCUGAGGACUCUCUAGGCUGAGGUGGUUUUUUCUAUAAAUUAUUUUCUAUUAAAUGUAUUUCUCAGAGAAAUAAAGCUCUAGAAAGCAACACUCAGCCCAGUGGGAAUUUUGGGAGCAACGUGGAAAAUGUGUGUACUACAAAGCUGAGAGAUGUGGGGCUCACAUUUCCAGCAUGAAUACACACAAAAGAGGAAAAGCCUGGAGGUGAAACUCUCCCUUGCACCCCUUCCAUGGGGAGAGCUGAAUUCCCUGCUGGACAAGCUGCUGUACAGGUUUUUAUGGAAUGCUGCGACACUCAGCACGACCUGGGCUGGGGAUGAGUUGCACUCCUUUGUGCUUUCCUGGUUUGUAGCUUUCAACAUUCCAAAACAGCAAAGUCCUAAGAGUUUCUCCCAAAGAUUUAUCUCCACGUGUGCUUCAGUUCUGGGGAGGAAUCAGCUCAUUCCAUCUUCUGUGCUGCCUUUGUCCCCAAGGUCCCCUGGCCUGGGGUCCCUUCAGCUGCUCCUGCUGUGUCCCCCAGCAAAAUGACUCCUCCCCAUGAAAUCCCAGAGAUCUUUCCUUCCUUGGGAUGCAGCCAGGGCCAUGCCCAGGUGUUCUCCCACGAUUUUCAGCAUCCUUGGGUUGUGGUGGGGCUGGGCUUUUCUCGACUGGAAGUGCUGUCACCCUCUUUUUGUAGGAGGCAGUACCCGAGCAAUGGGGACAGUUCUGGUCUCCUCGAGUUGCCUUAUUUUAUAAACUAUAUAUUUAAGAAAAAAAAANGGAA